CGGUCGACAUACUACAACGCCGCUCCAAGAACCCAAUACUGGCUUCCCCCUGAGCUUCUGACUGCCCCCCAUCCCUGUGUUCCAGCUGCGAUGAUGGGUAUUUUAGCAAACCUCACCCAGCAGCUGGGGGAGUCUCUGAGCCACGUGCUGGGUCAGUAUCUGGAUCGCUGGAAGGAGAACAGCACACAGGCACAGCGUGCGCUGGACCAGAGGCUUGCUGAAGAGAACUUCCGGGACGUGAUCUGGUACCUGAUGGUGAUGAUCGGAAUGCUGGCCUUCAUUAUCGUUGCCAUGCUGGUUAGUACGGUCAAGUCCCAACGCCAGGAGCACUCUGGUGACCCCUACCACAAGUACAUCGAGGAGGACUGGACUGCCAAGCUCAAGAACCAGACUCACAGCUAAAUCCAAUCCAACCCCAGGGCAAAGAAGUAUUUCCCUGAGCAGCCCAGCUCUAUAAGCUAAACAGAUUGUUUCCUCACC